UCACCACCCACUACUUGUCUCAAGCAUCUAAACUCAUCAACAAUGGUCACCACAAUCCAAGAAGAAGCAAUGGCCUAUGACCCAUCCUCACGGCCUGUCAUGACGACGUUCUACAAGCGCCUAUUUCCGUACAAGCCCUUCUUCAAAUGGCUCAAUCAGUCUGAUGUCCCCGGAAAGCUCUGGACACACCGCGAGUUCGCAUUCACAAUCGAGAACGACGUGUACAUUCGCUACAACUCUUUCAACACAGCAUACGACUUCCAGAAGGAGAUCCUGCGCCUAGUGCCAUCGCGAUUCGAGAUCGGUCCGCAGUACUCGCAUCGCCCGCGUGAUCGAAAGACCCUUCCCACCGGCGCGCUUCAGCCUCAGCGCCGUGAGCUCGUCUUCGACAUCGACAUGACGGAUUACGACGAGAUCCGCACGUGCUGCACCGAUAAGAAGAUCUGCAAGCGCUGCUGGGGUUUCAUCGCCGCCGCCGUCAAGGUACUCGACAAGGCACUCCGGGAAACGUUCGGAUUCAAGCACCUGCUGUGGGUGUACUCUGGGCGCCGUGGCAUUCAUUGCUGGAUAUCAGACACGCUUGCUGUUGAUCUCACCGACGACCAGCGGCGCGCACUUGUGACCUUCCUCGAAGUGAUCAAGGGAAGCAAGGAGCAGGCCAAGAAAGUCAAUGUGCGUGGCGGCCGAGAUGAUGCGCCUCUCCACCCAUACCUGGAAGAGGCGCUGGAUACACUCAAGUACGAGUUCCAGCGAAUUUGUCUGCUCGAUCAGGACGUGUUCAAGACACAGCGCGGCUGGGAAGCUCUCCUUGCGCUCGUGCCAGCAGACCGGGAAAAGACAGAGAAACUGCGCUCGCUGUGGGAGGCUGAACCAGACCGCUCUUCCGAGGAGAAGUGGAGGGAUGUGAUGGAGGUUGUGCAUGCUUACAAGCGAACCAAGAAUCCGCUGGCACGCAAGUGGGAGGCAGCACUUGAGGACCUCAUCCUCCAGUACACGUACCCCCGAAUCGAUGCCGAGGUGUCCAAGCACCGCAAUCACUUGCUCAAGGCACCAUUCUGUGUGCACCCGGGUACAGGGAGGGUGUGUGUUCCUAUCGAUCCCAACCAUGCCCAGCACUUUGAUCCGGAUGCGGUGCCGACGGUCGGAGAGUUACUGGUCGAGCUCGACCGUGCGCCGCCAAGCGACAGUAACGGCAAGAUGGCCGAGGACUACGACCGAACAUCGCUCAAGCCAUAUGUCGAGAUGCUGGACCGGCAUGCGCGAGCCAUUACGGCUGACGUCAGGCGAGGGCGGGAGGCCAAAGAGGAGAGCAUGGAGUUCUAAUGUUGUACAUAUGCACCACGUUUCGUCAAGG